CUGGCGAGUCGAUUCUUCUACAUAUUCUCCGGCGGAGAACGCAGGUUCCGGCAGCGGUACAUCCUUCUUGAAGGGGCGGAUUCUCAGAGAUCAACGGUAAAAACAAAGAUAUUUUGCAGUACUGAAAUGGACUCAAAAAGGAGAGGUGGCAAGCAAUCCCUUGUUGGUACUGUUAGUUCAUCGCCCAAAGGUAAAAAUGUCAGCCCUCAGUAUGGGCAGCCAUCUGGAGGCUCUGGUUCUGGUAACAACAGCCCCAAGUUGGACCAGCUGAGUCAUGAUGUCACAGACAUCAGCCUGGAUAGUGCAGAAGAUGGUGAGUGGGAGGUUUGUGCAAGGAAGUCCAAGAAACGAGGAGGAACUGGUGCUGCAAAAGCAAAACCAUGGGGCGCUCAGAGCCCUGGUCCUAAAGCCUGGGGCCAACCAGAUACAGCACAGAAGCUCAGCCUGGCCAGUACUGGUGGAACAGGUAGGAGUCCUGGUGGUGCGUGGCAGACACAGGUUGCUGAACCUAGGAGACCAGCUGGAAGAGGAAACCCAAAAGCCAAUUCAUCUAAUAGAGGAUGGGAGAAUGCUUACCUGGCACCACUGCCUCAUAUACCUCCUCCUUUACAACAUGGAUGGCAGUGGGCCAAUCGAGCUGCUGGACAACACAGGGCUUCAGAAGAUGACCAGGGAAAUGAUAAAACCCCUAAACUUCAUACAGGAUCGGCUGGAGAAGACAAUGAUGGGUCUGACAUGAGUUCUCGUCAUCAUCCCAUUGAUGUUGAUGAUGAUGAUGAACCAUUCUAUGAUGAUGAAGAUGAUGAUAUACUAAGUGAUGAUUAUGAUUCUGAUGAAAGCCAAAAAAGCCAUGAGACACUCAAGAAGAGCAAGUGGUUCAAGGUAUUCUUUGAUGCCUUGGACAAUUUGAGCAUAAAACAAAUAAAUGAACCGUUGAGGCAGUGGCACUGUCCAGCAUGCAAAGGUGGCCCGGGUGGUAUUGAGUGGUACCGAGCCCUGCAGCCCUUGCUUAUCCAUGCAAAGACAAAAGGAGUGAAACGAGUGAAGCUCCAUCGCCAAUUUGCUGAAUUGUUGGAUGAGGAGCUGUGCAGUAGGGGAACAUCAGUUAUACCAGCUGGGGAAGCUUAUGGCAAAUGGAAAGGCCUGCAACAGACGGUUACUGAUAAGGAGAUAGUCUGGCCACCUAUAGUUGUCAUUAUGAACACGAGACUUGAGCAGGAUGAGAAUGACAAGUGGAUAGGAAUGGGAAAUCAGGAGCUUCUUGAUUAUUUUAGUUCAUAUGCGGCAGUCAAGGCUCGGCAUUCCUAUGGUCCUCAAGGGCACCGAGGAAUGAGUGUACUAAUAUUUGAGAGCUCUGCAAUGGGCUAUGUAGAGGCUGAGCGUCUGGACGAACAUUUUCGUAAAGAAGGAACACAUAGGGAAGCUUGGGAGCAUCGUCGGGUGCUUUUCUCUGCAGGUGGUCAACGUCAACUGUAUGGUUUUAUGGCAUGCAAAGAAGACUUGGAAAUCUUCAACCAGCAUUCUCAUGGCAAGUCGAAGAUGAAAUUUGAAAUUAAAUCCUACCUAGAAAUGGUUGUGGGCCCAAUGAAGCAAAUGAGUGAAGAUAAUCAGCAAUUGAUGUAUUUAAAAAAUGAGGUGGUGAAAGAACAAAGACAUUCAAAGGCUCUAGAGGAAUCAUUUGGGGUAUUGAAUGAGAAGCUACGGAAGACUGCGGAAGAUAACCGCAUAGUGAGGCAGAGAACGAAAGAGCAGCAUGAACAAAACAAAGAAGAGAUGGACUACCAAGAGAACUUUUUCAAGGAUCAAAUCAGCUUUAUUCAACACUCACUGGAGGAGAAGGAGCGAAACUUUGAGAAGCAGCUACAGGAAGAGCGUCAGAAAAUGAAGCAAUCAAAUGUGAAUUCCACGUCCAAAGAGGACCAGAAACUAAGGGGAGAGGAAAUAGCAAGAUUCAUCCAAGCCCAGAAAAAAGGGGUGGAAGAGUUUGAAGCAGAGAGAGAAAAGCUUAUAAGAUUUCAUGAGACCAAGAAGGCUGAGAUGAAGAAGAGGCAUUACGAAGAAGAGAUCGUGCUGGAAAAGGAAUUUGAAACUUUAAUGACUGAACUGAUGUCCAGAUACACUCCAGGUCACUCCAAGGAAGGCAAUGCCAGAAAUUCUCAGGUGUGACGCUGUACACAAUGGAACUGCUUUGGCAGGAUGUAGCCCUGAAAUUAAUACUCAAAAUAGCUCAGAACAAAUAUAGACCUAUUGUUCUUGUCUUUUA